UGGUGCAUUUGCAGUCUCAUAGGCAGUCUCACAGACAGUUUCACAGGCAGGCAGUAACAGGUGGCUCACACUCGGCACUCCACACUCAGCAAACUCCCUCAAUGGCUGUGUUCCAGACUGCUGGGGUGCCCAUUUCACCCACUGUGGCUGCACUCUUUGGAAACAACACCCAAGAUCCAUCCACAGAGGUUGCACGUGUGCUUCAGAUGGUGGUCACCACGCUCAUCUUCCUGGUGGGCAUUCCUCUCAAUGGGCUUGUCGUAUGGGUGCUAGGAGUGAGGAGCCUCAGGAGGGGGGGGAAGAGAAGCAGUGGCAGUUUUGGCAUGUAUGUGGUGAAUCUGGCACUGGCUGACCUCCUGCUGGUGUUGCGCACCCCCCUGGCACUGGGCUACCUGGCUGCUAAUUAUCACUGGCCCUUUGGCUUGCCCACCUGCAGACUAGUGAUGGUCCUGCGUGUGCUGGGGCUCUAUUCCAAUGCCUUCCUACUGUGUGCCAUCAGUGUGGAGCGCUGCCUGUGCUUGCUGCACCCCCUGUGGUACCGACUGCAACGCCCGCCCUGGGUCGUCCCACUGGUUUGUGGCAUCCUCUGGAUGGUCUCCAUUCUCCUCAGCCUCCCAUACUUCUUCACCAGCAUUAUCAUCCCCUAUAAUAACCACAGUCAGUGUAUGGAGAACACGCCCCAAAACCCCAGCAAGGGUCUUUUCAUCACCGAGACACUGCUGGGUUUUCUGUUGCCACUGUUCAUCUUUGUCACCUGCAACCUGGCCGUGCUGUUGACCGCUUGGAAGACAGGGGGCACCAUGAGCCCCACACCCACCUCCCCACGAUACACCAAGCUCUACCGGGUGCUCUUCUUCACCAUGCUUGUCUUCCUCACCUGCUGGGUACCUUACUUCACCUUCCGCUUCUUGAAGACACUGUACGGGGAUGAUACACACCACCCCUUCUACAUCUCGUUGAGGAAAGGAGUUUUUGUCUCACUGUACCUGGUGUACAUAAAAAGUGCCCUGAACCCUGUGCUGUAUGUGUUUGUAGGGAAGGGGCUUGGACACACCAUCAAGGCCUCGCUGCUGUCUGCCAUAGACCGCGUGUUCAAUGACGAGACCUCCGACUACAGCCGCAGGAAAUCGCUCCGAGAGCGGAAUUCCCUGGUCUAGCCCACGUCGGAUCCCAUCUCGCCUUAUGCAGACUAGCAUCUCUCAUUUUGCAAAUUACCAAUGCCCGCCCCUCAGUCUCCUAAACAACUUGUCUCUUCCUUUGUUUAGAAUGCCAUCUGCAUGGCCCCUUGAGAACAUUCACAGCAAUCAAGGACUUUAAAACCAAUUUUGAAUAUAUCUGAAAUAUGACAUGCAAUACCUCAGAAUAAAAGCCACACCUUUUGUUAUUUCUUCCUCACCACAGUGGAAUAUUUACAGCAGAACUAUUGAAGUCUGACAGAUUUUUUUUAAGUUUUGUAUAUACCUAAAAAAUAGCUGUUGAAUAGGAUCAAAGAUUUUUCUUCAGAUAUUUUACUUAUACUCCAUUUGCUUUUUCUUUGUAAACUGAAUCAAGCUUUAAACUAUACUAAUGCAUUACCUGCUGUAGCUUUAAUAAUUCAUUUUUCAUGUUGCUGUCAAACUUCUAAAACGCCUUGAAAUAGGUUGUCAGAGAAACUGAUACUUAUCAAAAUAGUUUUAAUCCCAGAAGUAUAAAAAUGUACUGUAUUCAUUGUUAAGAUAUAUAUUGUUAAUAUAUUACUUUUUCAAUCACAUUAUUUGUCCUCAGUAAAAUUCAUAAACCAAAAAUCAAAUCUGAAGAAUUCCCUGGAAUUGUGCAAAUGGUACUACACAUUCUCUACCUUACAUAUACGUCUGAAAACAUGUUUGUUUGCAGGGUAAUUCCCAACAGAAUGAACAAACAUGCAGCUUCUACCACUUUAAGAUCAAAUCCUAUAGAGCAAACUGCUAAAAUACUCUCUACUGAAAUCCUUUUACAGAACUAGUUUCAUAUAAUGUAAGAAAAACUACCUUAAAGACAAUUUAUAGAAAACAUUUUUCAAUUUGCCAGUGGUCUUCUAGGAUGGAUGUGAAUGCAAUUUUCAGAAAUUCCAUCUUCCAGACCAGUUUAAUUCAGCCUACAUUUCUCUGUGCAUGUAUGCACUACACCAGGAGAACACAUGAAAGGACGGAGGGGCAAAGUACAGUUGAU